UAACGUAUAACAAUUAGUAUAUAUAUUAGAAAUAAAUUAGCGAGUGCAGAGAAAAUUUAAGAGAAGAAGAAGCUCGACCAGCAACACCAACAAUACCAUCUGCUUCAUUCAAACAAAGAAGUAAUUAAUUUCUUUGAUACCCAUCAAACCCUAAUCAAAUUAGUGAACAAUCAUCUCAAUUUCACUUCUCUCUGGAAGGAACGGUUCUGUUUCGCACUGAUGAUUUAAUGUAAGUUGUGAAGUGGGAAAGGUAAGUUAAUGGGGACAAUGUCUAGGGGACAGUCUCAGCGAAGAAAUGAUUCUCGGAAGAGACCGUUAGAGAGGUGUAAAUCAAAGGGAAAAGCUAGUUAUGUUAUUGACCUUGACAGUGAUAUACACUUGAAUUUUAUCAUUCUUGAUGCUCCCGAGCCCUCUGAAUCGGCCUCUCUUGAUGCUAGUACGUCUGGAAAGGAUAAGAGUCCGUUGUAUAGUAAUAUUAUAUGCAUUGAUGAUGAUGAUGAUGAUAAUGAUGAUGAGGACGAGGAUGAUGAAAGUGGUGAUUGUGGCAGUUCUCGUGAUGGUUUUAGGAGUGAAAAUCAAGACUCUCAUUUCACCACAGGUGACAAAUCUCAGCCUUCUUGUAGUCAAGGAGAAAAACUUUUCUCGAAGUCAUUAAAGUCCUUGGGUUCUUGCUCUUGGAAAAUCUCAUCUUGUAGAUACCCAGAGUUUUCCUCUAGUAGUACUUUAUUUGAGAAUGAUGAUUCGGAUUGUUACAUUGAGGAAGAUUUUGUGGGAAAUGUUCGUCAGCAGUGGGAAGAAGCUUAUUUUAGGAAGAAGGUGUUUGUGAAACCUGCAAAAGGUCAAGCUAGUUUCCAGGAUAAGGUCGGUCCUUCCAGAUGUAAUGUCGACUCCCAAAAUAAGGUGAAUGUCGAUAAAACAACCGAACCACAAACACAUAACACAGAUAGAAAUCAUGAAAAGGAUGCCUCUAAUCCAUCUGCACACACUGGUGAAAAUGCAAUUGGGGCUACUUCUAGUAAGUCUAAUGGAGAGAGUCGGUUUGUAGAUCCUAAAGAGACCAUCCGUCACUCUUCUGCAAGCCCUCAGUCACAGGUCAAAUUGAGUCCCCUUCCACAUGGUGAGCCAAGUGACAUGAUUGCUGACAGAGAAAUGCUCAAGAAAACUGAUGCAUAUAAACGUGCUCAAGAAGAAGAAUUGGCAUCCAGAGAGAAAGUGCUACAAAUUCAGAGGGAAGAGGCACAGCGUAUGCGCAAGAGAAGAAAGGCCGAAACUCAACGUCUAUUAGAAACAGAGAGAAGGCAGAAACAGCGGGUGGAAGAGGUUCGGGAGGCACAGAGAAAGGAUGAGGAAACCUUGAACUUGAAAGAUCAACUUCGAAGUGAGAUAAGGAGGGAUCUGGAUCUACUUGAAGCUAACUGUAGAGACAUGGUGUCGCUUCUUCGAGGCCUUGGAAUUGAUAUUGGAGGUCGCCUUCAUUCUUCAUCUCCUGAGGUACGGGCUGCUUAUAAACAGGCACUGCUUAGGUUUCAUCCAGAUCGAGCAUCAAGAUGUAAUAUCCGCCAACAAAUAGAAGCUGAGGAGAAAUUUAAGCUCAUUUCACGUGCAAAAGAGAAAUUCAUGUUGUGACACUAGGCAACAACCUUUAUCAUUUGAAGUUCAAGUUCAAAUUUUGACAGGUCUUUUUAAUCUCCAUAUUGUACAGAACUAACCAUUUGUUCUCUGAAUCUAACCAUGCCAAAGUCAGUAGGUUAUAUAUUUUUGGUUGAUAAGUAGAAAAGCAUUCUAUGCUUCAUGUAGCUGAAUAGUUAAAUUAUACAGUAUUCAAUUUCAAAUUUUUCAUAAUGAUUUAUGUUUUUCUU